AUGGGUCUGCAGAACGAGGCGCCGAGGAGUACAAGCAAGAAAAUGAUCAUUCCUUUUGGCGUAAUCAAAACAAGCCUAAAGCAAAAGUCGGGCAGAACUCCCGUAUGGGCAGCAUUCUUUAACAGCUGGACAAUGCUUUCGACGCCUUCCCUUAAGAAGACAUGUUAUUUUCAUCAAAUCCUCAACAAUCCACCCGAUUCUCAUCCCAAGCAUGAGAUUGAGGCUGACGACGAUGGGGACGGAGUCAUCAUGCCUGCCUGA